CGCUUCAGUUCACAAGAUAUACUCAUGUCGGUUUGAUGUUCACCCCCUCGCUCCUCCGAUCUCCUGCUCGAACAUCAGACGCACUGCUUACGAUGGUCUACAACGAGGCUGCAAUGGACUCCCAGGUGACGCUGGGUGUCUUCGGCACAUCCGCCAUCACCCUCGUCGACCCGCCGGCGCAGGGCGACGUCGUGCUCAUCUUCGCGCCGGACAACAUGCGCAACUCGGGGGUGCACCGCGUCGGGUCCCCGAACGAGCGCUUGUACACCGUGCAGUCGAAUCAAGACCUGACAGUGACCGAGCUGCGGGAUGCGCACGGGCUCGUCGCGAAGAUCGAGUAUCGGACGAUGCUGCCUGAUCAAGUGUCGUUGCGAAGUCGCGGGUUUAAGCCCAUACGGAUGAGCAGCUGGUUGAAAGAAGUCGGCUCGAAGUCGUACGUCGUGUUCGAGGCGAAGGGGGCGAAGUAUCUCUGGAAGACGAGUCGCACGGGGCAGGUUAAUUGCUACGGCGAGACGCCCGGAAGUUUGCAACCGAUUGCGUGGUACGACUCGACGCGGUCAGGGCCACGCCAGCGCGCUCUCCAACCGACCGAAGCAGAAGCAGGCUGCGGCCACCUCCAUCUGACGAACGCUGCUUCCCAUGUCCAGGACGAUCUGGUUGCUUCGCUGCUGGUGGUGCAAAUGCGGGCGUGGCUGAAGCAGGACCGAUGGGCCAAAGUCGGGACGGGAUACGGAUAUAGCACGAGCAUAUUCAUGGCUUGACGGUCGAUUUCGACCGUAAUACUCGUCCAGGGUCCUUCCUUCGAUCUUCAUUGAAGCUCCACUCCAAACGAUUGCGAUGUUUCGCGGUAACAUCACUACUACCCACGCAAGUUAUAAACGUUACAGCCGGCGAUUUUGCUACGAAGCUUAAUCCGGCGUCGCUGCGUAGACGUUGCGUCACUUGACCCUCUCACAUGGGAGUUUAGAAGUAGGAAGACGACCCGCUGCAAUAUAAAAGGGCGGCUGAAACGCCCGGUUCC